CCACCAUGGUUGGAAAACUAGGGGUGCGACUAAACAGCAAAAGCGCCCGGCCUGGCACGGCUAGGCUUCGAACCCGUACUCCAGCAGCGGCAGCCACAGAGGAGGUAGACAAAAAGCAGGGCGAGGCAGAGCCUCUGCUGUCUGGUGAAAAGAAAGGAAAAGGGUCCAGAUACAUCCCAAAGGACUGGGACGAUUCGCUGCCUUAUGGAGGGAAAGUAUACUUGGCGAGGAGAAAGCGACCUGAUACUUGGCUGUGCAUACUUAUUCAGGUUCUGGUAGUGGCUUUAGCCAUUGGCCUGGUAUACUACGCUUGGUACCACGGGGAACACAUGCAUUUCCACAUAACCAAAGCGUAUGCCCAUUUCGGACACAAAGAGGCCCAGGCGACUGUUGGUCACAAAUUCCUCGUCGGAAAAGGCGUGGAAAGGAACCACACCGCGGCGAUGGAAUGGUUCAAGAAGGCAGCUGCCCAGGGGCAUCCCCACGCAUCCUAUAACUUGGCUGUUGGGCACCUUCAGGGGUACAAGAUCGGCCUAGAGCCUGGUGAGGCUCACCGUCUGAUCCAGCACGCGGCCUCUAACGGUGUACCAGAAGCUGUUGACGUGUUGGAAAGAGUGUGCUCCCGGGGCCACUGCGACGUUUGAGGCAGUGGUCGAACUAGGCCUAUCGUCCGUCUACGAUCAUCCAGGUCACAACGAAAUUUGAAUUAAACAUCUAUGAGACGUUUCCCAUUGCUAAUUACAAAAUCCGUGUGAUGUGUAAUCCACAUUCAGAUAUAAUCCUCUAUGGGACGUUUCGCAUGUUUAAUGAAGCUAUACAUCUAGACUUGUCUAUUCAUAUCUAGGUCUAAUCCUCCUCAUAUCGAUAAGAAUACCAGUGUCUAUGAUCGUUUAAUCCUAAACACAUUCUUAUCGUCUAUGGGACCUUUCACAGAGGUAUUCACAGCAGAAUCGCCGUCCAUAAUAAUGUGGUUAGAAUAUUUAUUGCAUAAACCUUUCAAGGAAACUUUUUUACAGGAGUGUUGUCUUAGUGUUCAGUGUGCCAUGCAAUAGCGUUUGAGUUGUGCUACAUAAAUAUUCACUGCUGAGUCCAAAGAUUAUAUUUUUUGAAGACUUUUAUUCAUGUAAGAUAACAGUGUGUGUCGCUCUAAAGACCUCAUUCACCUUUUGCCAAUGAUAGAUUAUUGAGGUUCACAUUGUAAUUUAAUGUAACAUGAAAUACAGUACGAAACCAAAGCUAAGAUAUAAAAACAUAAAAUACAAUGACAGUGUAAUAAAGUGCUGACGUGCCGAGGGUUUGAUUUCAUUUUUUUC